AGCACCACGCAUCAUGCUUCCUCCUCUCUUCCUCUCCUCUCUUUCCUUUUCUCUUGCUUUUCUCUCAGAUUCCUCAGGUUCUGACAUGUGUCCAUUGGGUCAGUUUCCAUGUGGGAAUCUGUCAGUGUGUUUGCCUCAACCACAGCACUGUAAUGGGCAGCAGGACUGUCCAAAUGGAGCAGACGAGGAGAAUUGUGUGGAUAACAGUGGUUGGCCUCAUCUAUUUGACGCAUUCAUGAAAACAAGGGUCCAGGAAUCAAAAGAGUGCAUGUUAGAUGUCUAUCCUGACACAUGUCAUUGUGAGGGUCGGAAGGUGAAUUGUAAUGGCAAAAACCUGCUCCAUGUCCCUGCUGUAUCCUCUAAUGUGACUGCACUAGAGCUGAACAGUAACAGAAUUGAAUCUCUGUCUCGUGAUCUGUUCAUCCGCUACAGACACCUGGAGAGACUACAUUUGGAAAGCAACAGUAUCGAAAUGAUCUCCAAGAGGGCAUUUUCAGGACUGGUCGCUUUGCGUAAACUUUUUUUGAGUCAGAAUAAGAUUUCGUCUCUGAAAGCAGGCAUAUUUAGUGACCUCAGCAGUCUGGAGUGGCUGAUUCUGGACGAGAACAGAAUAUCAUCUCUGCGCCAGAAGUCUUUUGAAGGCCUGAAAUCAUUAUUUUUCCUGUCUUUAUUAAAUAAUUCUGUCGAACAGUUUCCUAAAACCUCCAUUUGCCAUGAAAUGCCCCGUCUCAACUGGCUGGAAAUGGAGGGGAAUACAAUUUCAUCUCUUUGGGCAUCAAGUUUUAGAAACUGCUCUUCUCUCACCGUGUUAGCGCUGAGGAGAAACCGCAUCAGCACCAUUGAGCAGGGAACUUUCACAGACAUGCAAAGAUUGAUAGACCUAGACGUGUCUAUGAACCAGAUUAAAGAUCUGCCUCCAUCUCUGUUCCAGAACCUCCAGAACCUCAAGCAGCUAAAUAUCUCCAACAAUCCCCUGGUGAACAUAUACAGCAAUCAAUUUGACAGUUUGGUGAAUCUGCAGUCUCUGAGCAUGGAAGAGGUGGAGAUUCCUAACAUCAGCAUCAGGAUGUUCCGGCCCCUAACCAACCUCACUCACAUAUAUUUCAAGCGAUUUGAAUUCUGUGGAUAUUCUCCAAAUGUGCGGAGCUGCAAACCAAACACAGACGGAAUCUCGUCCUUUGAGAAUCUGCUCGCAAACAUCAUUCUGCGGGUGUUUGUCUGGGUUGUCGCCUUCAUCAUUUGCUUCGGAAACAUCUUCGUCAUCUGUCUGCGGUCCUGUAUUGCUUCAGAGAAUCAACAUCACACCAUGGCCAUCAAAUCUCUUUGCUGUGCAGACUGUCUCAUGGGUGUAUAUCUGCUUUUCAUUGGUGCCUUUGACAUCAAGUACUGCGGCGAGUACAACCGUCAUGCUCAGAUUUGGAUGGAGAGCCUGUCCUGCCAGCUGAUUGGCUCUUUGGCCAUGUUGUCUACAGAAGUGUCUGUCAUGAUGCUGACCUACAUGACACUAGAGAAAUACCUGUGCAUCGUCUUCCCGUUCCAGCAUUACCGUGCUGGGCGAAAACAGACCCUGUGCUCACUGACCUUCAUCUGGCUACUAGGAUUUAUCAUUGCCGUUAUUCCCUUCUGGGAUAAACAGACAUUUGGGAAUUUUUAUGGGCGGAAUGGAGUGUGUUUCCCUCUUCACUCAGACCAGACGGAGAAACCUGGUGCUAGAUGUUACUCCACAGCCAUUUUUCUCGGUCUGAAUCUGCUGGCUUUUGUGAUGAUCGUAUUCUCUUACUCCAGCAUGUUUUACUCUGUCCAGAAGACAGCAAAGACAGCGCGUCAAACAGUAUUUGAUCGGGAAGUGACAAUUGCAAAGCGAUUUUUUUUCAUCGUGUUCACAGAUGCCCUGUGCUGGAUCCCCAUCUUCCUCUUGAAGAUACUCUCACUGCUAAGAGUACAGAUCGCAGGUACUAUCAUUCUGUGGGUGGUGAUUUUUAUCCUUCCUAUAAACAGUGCCCUGAACCCCAUCCUGUACACAAUCACAACCAGCGCAUUUCAGCAGCGACUUAAACAGUGCCUGAAAUAUCGCUGCCAGCAGACUAACUGACACAAACACACACUAUGCAUCUGCUCUGAGAUUAAUAUUCCAUGUGGAUUAAAAAGUUAAUAGAUGACAGGAUAAUGACCCCACACACAUUCAGCACACACACGCACAAACACACACAAGACGCUCUCAUCCUCGGCACAAGUUAAUAAGGCUUACAGAAGCCUGCAGGGUUGAAGAAAUGAGAGCGCACACGGCCACAUUAACCAGCAGACCAUCAUCAACAAUAUAUGCUUAUGCAAUUAAUAUGUAAAACCAGCCUUAUAUGGAAAAGCAAAGAAUGCACAUACAGUAAACCUAAGAAACUUCAACUGCCAUAAAGACCUGGAGCAGCGCAUGUGUACGCGGAGAAAGCCAAACUCUGUGGCUGUCAGAGGAGCAGAUAGGAGACUGUUCGGGACGGACCCGGCGGGAUGAGGAUUGGAAUACUUCCGACUGAUUUAAUUGCAUUUUUGUUUGCUUGUGUUUGGAAGACAAAGAAUCAGGGAUGGCAGUUGCAUAUAGUCAGGAUCUAAAAACACAUUACUUGAAGGGCCAUUCAUGACAGCUUUAUAAUCAUGACAUGACAU